AAAGUUACUCAUUGACUGCAGUACUGAAAAAAAAAGAGUCAAAAAAAUGAGUAAUUGUCACUUGUAUGUGGCCUAACGUUAGAUGUGAGCCGGCACUAUCUCAAAAAAGAUCUUAUCACACCGACGUAAAUAAUAGCUUCAAGUUCAUGCUAGGCACUCAUUUCCAAUCUAUCCCUGAACCAGUGUACACUCGCUACUCACACGUCGACACACUCAAAUCCAUUUACACAAUAUGGCUGGAUCAUUACUGUUCUUCAAACGUCGAGCGCCCCUCGUGCUUCUCAUUCUGACUCUGGGAGGCCUCAUCAAAAAUUCCCAAAGCUUUUCAUGCUACAUCAAGGCUCCAGGAGGAACGGACAACCCUCAGACAUGUCCUACGUUUUCUAAAGGAUGCACCAAAUUGGAAACCUUUACUGCCAAUGGAGUGGUUCGCGAGGAGAAAUUAUGCGGAGCUCAGGAAUUGCCUGGCUACGAAUACAAGGAAGGGUGUGACGAGAUUUCCGUGCCGUUUCGACAACGCGAAUGCUAUUGUCGGGAAAAUCUCUGCAAUGGUGGAGUCAGUCCUCAUCUGGAUCAAUGGGGGGUGGCCAAGAUGCUCCUGAUCUCUGGGAUCGCAUUCCUUUUCAAGUUCACAUUCAGCGCCUAGAUGGCAAAUGGAUAUGGAAGAGAUUUGGUUGAUUUGUUCCACCUUCUGUUUCUUCGGGAUUUGUCCCAUUAUGUGAAUCCAAUAUGAUUGAAUGAUUGACAAUUAAAGUUUUGAUUGCGAUAAAACAAA